GAGCCUGGGUUAGCUUCUUGUGGAGGAAAUGAUGGCGUCGUCGGCAGCCCGCUGCUCCUCACGCUGGAUUACAGUUUUCGUGUCCUAUGGACGACGCAGGACCGCCGGUGCGGUUGUCUGCGCCGUCGGGCACGGAGGAGCUCGCAGUGUGUCGACCCUGGGGGGGCAGAAACUGUGGCGGGGAGGGAACCUGAUGUGUGGAGGAGCCGGGAAAGCGUUGACAUUGAGAGGACUGUCAGCCAUCAAACCACCACAUGCUGUCGGCACACUGUCCUUUCACACAAGUGCCCCCGCUAGCAGCAAGCAGGACUUCUACCAGGUCCUGGGCGUACCCCGCUCAGCAACCCAGAAAGAGAUCAAGAAAGCCUACUACCAGAUGGCCAAAAAGUAUCACCCUGACACCAACAAAGAAGACCCUCAAGCCAAGGAAAAAUUUGCUCAGCUGGCUGAAGCUUAUGAGAUCCUUAGUGAUGAAGGAAAGAGGAAGCAGUACGAUACAUAUGGCUCGGCAGGCUUCGACGCUGGUCAGGCCGGCGGAGGGCAGCAGUACUGGUCAGGGCACGCCCAGAACGUAGACCCAGAGGAGCUCUUCCGUAAGAUCUUUGGGGAAUUUUCUGGAGGCAGAGGCUUUGGAGACUUCAACGCCAUUUUUGAUCAGCCACAGGAGUACGUCAUGGAGCUGACAUUUACUCAGGCAGCAAAGGGGGUCAACAAAGAGAUGUCUGUUAACAUCGAAGCAGCCUGCCAGCGCUGUGAUGGAAAAGGCCACGAGCCCGGCACCAAGGUCGAGCACUGCCACCACUGCAACGGCUCGGGCAUGGAGACGGUGAACACGGGCCCGUUUGUGAUGCGCUCCACAUGUCGUCGCUGUGGCGGCAAAGGCACAGUCAUCUCCUCCCCCUGUCACUCCUGCCGCGGGACAGGACAGACCAAGCAGAAGAAGACUGUGAUGGUUCCUGUGCCUGCAGGCGUGGAGGAUGGUCAGACAGUCAGAAUGCCAGUCGGUAAGAAGGAGGUCUUCAUCACAUUUAGGGUCCAAAAAAGUCCAGUGUUCAGGCGGGAAGGUGCAGACAUCCACUCUGACCUUUUAAUCUCUGUGGCACAAGCUAUCCUGGGCGGCACAGCCCGGGCACAGGGCCUCUAUGAAACACUAAAUUUAUCAAUCCCUGCAGGCAUCCAGACUGACCAGAGGAUACGUCUGGGGGGGAAGGGAAUCGCCCGUGUCACUGGCUAUGGCUUUGGAGAUCAUUAUGUGCAUGUCAAAAUUAAAGUACCCAAGACACUCACAGACAGACAAAGAAGUCUGCUCAUGAGCUACGCUGAGGACGAGACGGACGUGGAGGGGACGGUGAACGGGGUCACAGCCACCACUACAGGUGGGGGCAGCAGUGGUAAGCGGUCUGAAACAGGGCAAAGCGGGCAUGAGGAGAAAGGAGAUUUGAAACAAGGGGGCUUCUUCUCCAAAUUAAAGGGAUUGUUUAGUUCUUCAUGACAGCCACAAACCAGGUAAAAGAUCAUCCUGGAACUGAACAGCUUCGUCAGUAGACCGGAGGGCAGAAGGGAGGACAGAGUGAAUCAAGAAACAGCCACUUUAUGAAGCGACAGGCGGUAAGAGGAGUGUUUGGAGGAGGCCUGCAAAAGGUUCUGGUUGGAUCAGUGAGGACUUAACUACCCACACAGCCCUGCAGUGAACAAGGCACAACAUAACCUGCUCCGUGAAUCCACAUAUAUGAGGACUUUUCCAGGCGUGCCAAUCACUUCUCCGUCAACAAAGACUUCUAUCAUUUAACGUAGCAGUAAGUGCAUGAUGGUUUUCUGUCAAUCCUGAAAGAAAAACAGAAUCCAAAGUGCUCAGAAAUUAAUUAUCGUAUUAAUAAAGACUACAAAUGGAUACAGUCAACAGUUCUAUCCGGGAUUAAAUGAAUCCCUUCUGGUCAUCAAUCCUUUUUUGUUCUGUAUGUUUUGGUUGUUUUCCUUCCUUCAAAUGGACGCUGCUUACAUGUUGAACAUCACCGGAGAACAUGUUUACCUCUCUGUGUAGCUGUUACAGAUUAAAUCUGCGUCUGUGGAGGAUAAUGUGUCUCCCGUCUUUGAGGACUGAAUUGUGUGAAGUUAACAUUCGUCUGAGGUUCUCCUGACCCGUGACUCUGUCCUUCCUUUAGCUCCUUUGCAUCGUGCACCUUCAUCAUAUUUGUACAUAGACACCUGUGGAUCAUCUGGCUUUAUCAAUCUGUCACAUAGAAAAGAUAUACUGUACAUCUAUAAUAAAACUAUGGUCUGCCAAAAUC